CGCUCGCUCAGUAAGUGGAAGCUAGCGCAACUCAGCGUGAUGGUUCAUUCGAUGUGAUAGUUAAGAAGCCAGUAGCACGGAAUGAAAAACGUGCUGUGACCUAUAAGAAACAUCCAAUACCGAAUAAGGAAUAUAUUGUGCAGCAGUGGCAUACUACGUUCGUUCGUUCAUGUGCGCGAAGACUGCCUUUCUUUGGACUAAAUCCUCCAGAAAGAGUAAUAAAUCGAAAGGCCAGAUCGAAGUGGAGAGAGUAAGCUUUCGUGGUAUAUCAGUGGUAACCCGCCGAGUGGAAUAAUUCUUUGCGCUGCAAUUUUUCCGUCAUCAUCAUGGUAUCGGAUGCUGAGGGAGCCACAACGUGCCCUUCAAAGCCACCCAGCGAGGUGGAAGCAUACGGUGGGAUCUGUCCGGUGUGCAAUCAGUCGGCGAAAAAACGCUGCUCCGGCUGUAGUGCUGCAUACUAUUGCACCGUCGAGCAUCAAAGGCAGGAUUGGAAGAAUCAUAAAAAUGUUUGCCAUCCGUUCAAAAUUUGUAGUGACGAGCGUUAUGGUCGAUACAUGCUAGCGACGAAGGACAUCAAAGCCGGUGAAGUCGUGUUGAAAGAGCUGCCAUUGGUCUAUGGUCCAGCGCAAAUAACGAAACCAGUUUGUGUGGGUUGCUUGCAGGGGCUCGUGGAGAACCAAUUUUUGGACUGCGAGAGAUGCGGCUGGCCGGUAUGCAAGCGGGAAUGUCAAGACCAUCCUAGCCAUAAACCUGAAUGCCAAUUCACCAUCGCUCGAGGAAGCAAGAUGCAGCUGCGUCACUUGUAUAACCCACAUCCGGUGUACCAGUGUUUGAUUCCGCUGCGUUGUCUGCUGCUGGCCGAGCGAAAUCCCGCCAAGUGGCAGGCAUUAAUCAAAUUAGAAUCACACGAGGAGCAACGCCGCGGGUCGGAACAAUGGCGUAACGACCGGGAAGGUGUGGCAAAGCUGAUUCCACGCUUCUUCAAGUGUGAAAACAAAUGGAGUGAGGAUGAAAUAUUGAAAAUAGUUGGAAUACUGCAAGUCAACGGUCAUGAAGUUCCUCUGACUGAGCCUCCAUCCGUGGCAAUUUACAAUAAUGCGUCGAUGUUGGAACACUCAUGUCGACCAAAUUUGUCGAAAAGUUUUACUUCCAAGAAGGAGAUUGUAUUCUGGGCUCCAGCUCCGAUAAAAAAGGGUGAACGUUUGAGCAUUUGCUACUCGGAUGUCUUGUGGGGAACGGCCAACCGUUUGGAUCAUCUGCAGCAGACGAAACUUUUCCGGUGCACGUGCGCUCGUUGCCUUGACCCAACAGAAUUUGGCACAUAUUUGAGUGCUCUGAAGUGCUCCGGUUUCAAAAAAGACUCCAACUGCUCGGGUUUGCUGCUGCCGGAAAACUUGAAAAACUGGUACGGAGGAUACAUUUGCAACAAGUGCCGAGGAUUGGUUGAUGGGAAGGAAAUCACAAACAUCCUGGACCGUGCGCGGGUUGACCAUGAAGCUAUGCAAAAAGACAACGAGCAGCACUGUCACAAGUACGUAGCCCACUAUGGCCGUUGGCUGGGACCGAACCACCAUUUAAUUGUCGAUGUUAAAAUUUCUCUAUCGCAAAUUGUUGGCGGUGGUGACCCGAACGCAAUCCAGAAAAUAUCCGAUGAGAAUUUGAUGACAAAAAUGAAAAUUUGCCAGGAGCUUAUCGAUUUGUUUCAAAAAGUUUGUCCCGCCGAAGCCCGUGUCAUUGGGACUACACGUUUCGAGUUGCAUGCUGCUCUGGCCGAGUUUGCCCGCCGGGGAGUCGAGUCGCAAAAUCCUGCCGUCAGGAGUGCUCUCGAGGACUCGCUACACAAUGCCGAGGAAUGCGUCCGGAUGCUUUCACACGAACCGGACGACUUGCCGGAGAGUAAAAUAGCCGAGCAGGCCCGGAUAAAUGCGGGCUCCCUGAGAGUGCUUCUCGGUUUGCAAGAAGGAUAACAUACUGUGUGUUGAGGUAGGGGUAGGCUUAUCUCUAGUGCUCUGAAAAAAGACACGACCAAUUGUUUGUUCAUGAAUGCUUGCCAUGUUUUAUUCCCAUAUCAUUUAUAACUAUUUGCUCCAUUCUAUAAAAUUGUUUUGUGUGAUCCGA